UUGAUUAUUUCCAAUGGUCCCACGGUAGCAACCUCACCAUAUCUGUUCUGUUGCAAUGUCUUCUCAUGCUAGACAAAAUUCCGGACACAUUGUAUUUGCAAAUGGACAAUUGUCCUGGACAGAAUAAAAACCGAUAUAUACUUGGAUUCCUCUGUUGGUUGGUGGAGAUUGGCGUAUUCAAAAAAAUCAAAGUGUCAUUCCUCAUGGUCGGACACACGCAUGAGGAUAUAGAUCAAGUAUUCUCCAGAUUUUCUAGCCUCCUUUCCAGGCGGAGUGCUUUGACUCUAACCAAAUUAAUAACUGCGUUUGAAAGGUGUUACACUCCGGUACCAACAGGAAUAAGAACGGACAGAGUAUACAAUAUUUCAGAAGCCUUGGACCUUGAAAAUAUUUCAGGCCAUUCAAAGCCGCAUGCUUUUAAAAUAAUUAAGGAAGACGCAAAAGCGACGAUUUUUUGGAAGAAAUGGUCGACCGAUCGGAUAUGGCAAAAAUGUGAAGGAACCCUUCUUAAGGAUAAUGCAUUAGUAUUUAGGAAACUUAGUCCAUGUGUGGACGAUCUUGACAUGGAAAGGCUUGAGCGGGACGUGAGGGGCUCGUACAGAUAUUUUACAAAAAAUGAGGACAAACAGUGGUGGGAAAAUUUUUUUGCCGAAGUCAAUGAAGAGUAUGAUUCAGACGACGAAGAUGAUGGAAUUGCAGAGCAAUUAUUGGAUAAAAAAAGGCAGAAUUCCCCAAACACUGAAGAUCUAGAGGUUCACAUUUCCGACACAGAGGACCCUAUUCCCCCAGUUGUCAUUGGAAAGAGGCGGAAAGAAGCGGUCCCUCCUUGUACUAUAGUGGGGAUGAUGGCAUUAAUGGAUGUCCCUCAGUACGCCGGCGAGUGGCCACAGAUAGGCCAGAUAAUGUCUCAUGAAGGGGAUGAGGUAGACAUACACUGGUAUGGUGGAAGCAAGACAUCCCCAUGGAAACCUUGUAAAAGGAGCGUGCCGGGUGAGCGAGGAAGAAGAACGGACUGGGUGGAAAAAUGUUUAACAUCACAUAUAGUUUCAACAUUCAAGCUUACAGGGUCUGGAAAUAUUCCUAGACAUAUAAAAGACAUUGUUGAAAACUAUCAUGAUUAAAUUAAACUUUUGCUUGUGUUUAGUAUUUCAGGUAUAUAUUUGGCCGCUAUGUUCCACAAUUAACCUUGCAUUUCAUUUAUUAUAUUAAAUUGAUAAGUACAUAUUAUUUACUUAGGUUUGACCAUUGUAACCGGAGUGUAAUCAAUCGGAGGCGGUAAUCUGGCCGCUCCGUCCCAGGAUCUGUAUUUUUUAAGAUGAAUUUAAUUCUAACAUUACAUGUAAUAGAUAAUUGACCAUGUAACCGGAGUGUAAUCAAUCGGAGGCGGUAAUCUGGCCGCUCCGUCAUCAGUAUUUUUUGUUUUGAAUUUAAUUAUUGACCAUUGUAACCAUAGUGUAAUCAAUCGGAGUCGGUAAUCUGGCCGGUCCGUCCCAGGAUCCGUAUUUUUUAAGAUGAAUUUAAUUCUAACAUUACAUGUUAUAGAUAAUUGACCAUUGUAACCGGAGUGUAAUCAAUCGGAGGCGGUAAUCUGACCGCUCCGUCCCAGUAUCCGUAUUUUUUAGAAUGAAUUUAAUUAUUGACCAUUGUAACCAGAGUGUAAUCAAUCGGAGGCGGUAACCUGGCCGCUCCGUCCCAGUAUCCAUAUUUUUUAGAAUGAAUUUAAUUAUUGACCAUUGUAACCGGAGUGUAAUCAAUCGGAGGCGGUAACCUGGCCGCUCCGUCCCAGUAUCCGUAUUUUUUAAGAUGAAUUUAAUUAUUGACUAUUGUAACCAGAGUGUUAUCAAUCGGAGGCGGUUAUCUGGCCGCUCCUUCCCAGUAUCCAUAUUUUUUAAUUCUAACAUUACAUGUUAUAGAUUAUUGACCAUUGUAACCGGAGUGUAAUCAAUCGGAGGCGGUAAUCUGGCCGCUCUGUCUUCAGUAUUUUUUAUUAUGAAUUUAAUUCUUGACCAUUGUAACCAGAUUGUAAUCAAUCGGAGGCGGUAAUUUGGCCGCUCCGUCACAGUAUCCGUAUUUUUAAUGAUUAAUUAAAUUCUUACAUAACAUGUAAUUGAAUAUUGACCAUUGUAACCAGUGUGUAAAUUAAUUCUAACAUUACAUGUUAUAGAUUUAUUGACCAUUGUAACCAGAGUGUAAUC